AUAAUUGUUAAUUUUUCAGAAAAAAAAUGGCGGAAAGUGUAAAAGAAGAAAAUGGAAUGGAAGAUUUCGAGAUGAAAGAAGAGAAACCAAUAAAAGAAGAAAUCCUCCAACCAUCAGCUGAUGAUAACGGUGUUUUUAUCAAGGAUGAAGAUGUUAAGUUGGAAAUCACUGAACUGAGAGAUGACGCAGCAUUGCCUGGGGAUUUCGGUAUACCGGGAUCUAUCCUCUCGUGUGAGAGCUGUGAAUAUUCUACAUCAUCACAAAUCAACUUAAUGAAACACAUGGCAAGCAAACGCAAAAUUAGCGUGAUCUUCCCUUGUGAUCAGUGUCAGUUUGCACCGUUGACACUGCCGAUUCUAAAAUCACACAUAAAGAAGAUUCACGAGAAUUUUUUGCAUGCUUGUGAUCUAUGUGACCAUGUUCCCAGGUCUGUGGAGGAAUUGAAAGAUCACUUGUUACUAAGUCACCAAAUGGUCCGAUAUCCAUGUGCUCAUUGUGACUUUUUAGCAUCGACAAAUGAAAAUCUCGAAUAUCACAUUGUGAGAAAGCAUGUUAAAAGAAGAUUUCCGUGUCCCUUGUGUAAAUAUGCAGCAAAUUCUAAAAAGAAUCUGAAUGCUCACGUAGAGAGUAUUCAUGAGAAACGCAAGUAUCCGUGUAGUGAAUGUUCUUACGCUGCAACAUCAACGAGUAGCCUAAAAGCGCACAAAGAAAGGAAACACGAUGGUGUAAGGCAUCUCUGCGGGGAGUGUGAUUACUCUACAGCGAGUUUAAACAGCCUUAAAGUACAUAUUAAAGGUAGACAUGAGGGCUUGGGGUAUUAUUGUGAUAAAUGCGAGUAUUAUUCAAUUUCCCCAACUGGUCUGAAAAUGCACAUCAAUAUUGUUCACGAAAAUGUCCGAUUUCCAUGUGACCAGUGUGAGUACAAAGCAACUAGUGUCGGAAAUCUCAAAGGUCACAGAGAAAGUAAGCAUGAUGGAGUAAGAUAUCCUUGUGACGAAUGCGAGUUUUCUGGAAUUACCAGACGUUCCCUGAAAGAGCACAAACAAAGAGAUCAUGAAGGCGUGAGAUACCCUUGUGAUCAGUGCGAUUAUGUGGCAACUAGGGUAAAGGUUUUAAGAGAGCACACCAGCAGUAAACAUGAAGGCUUGACGUUUCCAUGUAAUGAAUGUGAUUUGGUCGUUACCACGAUCAAAAGCUUAAAAAGGCACAAGUUGAACAAACAUGAAGGAGUGCGAUAUCCUUGUAGUGAAUGCACAUUUUCUGCGUCAUCAAGCUGUAUCUUAAAGACCCACAAGUUAAACAUUCACGAUGGAGUGAAACAUCCCUGUGAAUCAUGUGACUUUGUUGCAACCACAGCUAGAAUUCUAAGACAACACGUCAAGAGCAAGCAUUAAAGAUCUUUUUAAAAAAAAGUACAAAGCUCUGUGUUAUUUUAAAGAGUGGAUUUAUAAUUUUCCGCUAAGCUUCCCGGAAUCUUGAACCAUAUUUAGCAUACUAAUAACAGCAGGCUUUGCAGCAUUUUUUUAACCUCAAUUACUUUAUGCUUCAUCUUUCCAAACUUAAAAGAAAAAAAAACAUUGUUUUAAAAUCAAUUUUAUAUUUGAUUAAAACGUAAAAGAUACAUUUAAAUCAAUUUAAAUAAUUUCAUUUAAAAUGUAUAUUUUUAAUUUAGUAUCAAAAUCCGGAUCUGUACUGAAAAGAAGUUUGGUUUGAGAAAUGUGUAUUGUGAAAACUGUAAAUAGAUUUAAGUAAUUGGUUUAGCAUAGUGUAUUGCUGUGAUUGUGUUUUUAUUAUCUGUCUUUGUACUUUUCUGUAUAUGUUAUUCCUUUUUAAUUAUUAAUAUAUUUUAACAUGUUUUGCCGUUAAACUUGUACGGUUUUGACGAUUAUUAUAUACACUGUACAGCAAUGAUAGAAAACGUAUAAGCGACUAUUGUUUGGUUGUUUGUUUUAAAGGCUUUUAAGCCAAAAUUCACUUAUUUUCAGAAGUGGACGAAAUAUAAAGGGGAGUACUUGUGUAAGAAAAUAUAUGUACAUGUAACCGCAAGGCGAAAUAUAUUUCCUUCAAACCUUUUU